GUUAGUUAGUUAACAUUCGGUUAAAGGGCAAGAUAUUGUGUAAAAUUAAAACCAUGUUUUCAAAGCUCUACUCGCAGGAACCUAAGUGCAGGAUCAGUGUUUGGCUCUUAUGGUCACAACGUCCACUGUUGCAUACAGAGGGCUGGAAACAGAUAAUUGCUAGAGUGAAAAGAUAUAAAAACUUAAAGCAUCAUCGACAAAUCCAAUGACUUAAUCAGACGUACAUGGGGAAUAUUUCUGAAUCAUUGCUCAGUGCUGAAAUCUCAUGGAGUCGACACGUCUGGCAUCACUGGAGUUAACUGUGUUUUCAGUUUUAGUGACAAUAAGGGGGCAGACAAACAGACAGACAGACAGACAGGGGGAUGACUCGUGAGUUGUGAUUGAAGAGGGUUGACUUCUCUCUCCAGAGGCUGGCAGGACACACGUCAAAACAUGGUCACGAUGCAGCGGUGCUUUUUUAACAGAAUUCUCCAACAGUUUUGCUCAGGGACUCGAGUAACUAUCGGCUAUCACGGAGCUGCUGGGCGCAGGAGCGUAUCAACAGGUGUUCCAGGUGUAAGGGAGCGGACUCUUAUAGCGAUAAAGCCAGAUGGAGUUCAGCGUCGCCUUGUUGGACAGAUCAUUCAGCGAUUUGAGCAGAGGGGCUUCAAGCUGGUGGGCUUGAAAAUGUUGCAGGUGUCCGAUGAUCUCCUGUCUCAGCACUACAGUCAACUAAGGACAAAGCCCUUCUAUCCCAGACUGCUGCAGUACAUGACCUCAGGGCCUGUGGUUGUCAUGGUGUGGGAAGGGUACAAAGUGAUCGAGAGUUCACGUAUGAUGGUGGGACACACUAACCCAGCUGAGGCCCAGGCAGGCACAGUCAGAGGAGAUUUCAGUAUUCACGUCAGCAGGAAUGUGGUUCAUGCCAGUGAUUCGGUGGAGGGGGCACAGAGAGAGAUCCAGCUGUGGUUUAAGGGAAAGGAGCUCCUGAACUGGGACUGCUGUGACCACGCCAGCACCUUUGAGCUGUGAAGACUCUGAGAGUCAAACGCAGUGAGAGUCAGUAAUACUACCUCUUCUCCUGCUGCUCGAAGGUCUGUUUCUUACGACAGUGUGACCAAAGUGAUUGGAAAAAGAUGAGUCAUGAUGAGUGUUCCUACCAAAUAAUUUACCUCAGAAUAAGUGCACUUAGAAUCACAAAGAUUUUCUGUUUAAAACUGUCAGUUUUUUAUAUUUUCAACUACACACAGAUUUAAAAUAGAAGUUUGCCUUUGAUCUCAGGAUGGGAUGUUUGCACUAAUUGAUUGUCAUUCAGUGACAUAUUAUCUUAAUGUGUGUGAAAUUAAAUGAAAUGAAUAUAUCAAACACAAAUGACCGUUCCAGAAACGGUUAGUGUAUCAGGACCUGAUUUACAGUUAAAAUGUUUUUAUUAUACUUUGACUCAAAGCAGGUGUAAUGUAUCCCUGUUAUAGCUGCUCUGCUGUGUGAUGAUCAGGCACAGCUCCCACAUGUUCAUGGAUUACACAGAAUCUCUAGUUUGUCAACACAGAAAGAAAACAAUCCCCAUUUUUUUAAAGAGACUGAAAUAAUCUUUUGGCAACAUAAAACAUUAUAUAACAUAUUUCCACAAAGCCAUUCUGUGAAGGAAUGAAUGUGUAAAAUACUAUAUAUGUGUACUUGAUAACCUCUUUAUUCAGUAUGCCUUGCUGUACUGGAUUGGAUCAAUCUUCCUCAGAGAUUUUGGUGCAUAUUGAUCCGAUAAUAUCACACAGCUCCUGCAGUUUUGUCAGCUGCACAUCCAUCUUGCAAAUAGCCCGACCAUAACCACAUUGCAAAUGUCCUCCUUUAGAUUAAGAUCUGGUGACUGCGGAGGCCAUUUGUGUGCAGGUUUUGAGUUAAUUCUAUACUUGAACUAUACCCCUCAAAUACUUUAUGCAAUUAAUGUACUUGACUCAAAUUUAAUUAGUUAAAUGUGAAGUAAUGAAGUUAUCAUGAGGGUGAACGUUUUCAACGAAGAGCCCAACCUUUCCAGGAAUUGUCUGAUAUUGGAAUAGUUGUUCAUAUUUAAACCUAAAUCAAACAUUUGACUUCUGGCCAAUGAUUCUGUAUGUGCUGGUGCUGUAACAAUACUGAAGUAAAUGUUAUUGAUGAUGAUGAUUUACCUCCACCUGCUGUUACUGAGCUCUGGGUGGAUUCAGAUUGUAUGUAUGUUGACAUCUUCAUUGUUGCUUGCUCAUUCAAUUAUUCAUAGAACUGAUAAAUGCCUUAAGCCUGUCCUGUACUCAGUAUUAAUAAUUUAUUAAAUUGUAUGUAUAUAUACUA